AUGCCUAAGCAUCCCGCCCACCCACCUCCAGCACCCCCUCCCUCUCCUGAUCCAACCGCCGUAGUUUACGACAGAGGCCAGGAAGAUAAUCGCCAGCGACCCACCUCUCCCCAACGCCCGCAGUCCCCAUUCCCCUCCAGGACUUUUGAGCAACGACAAGACCCUAAUCCUCGUCCCCCUAAACCCAAGUCUGGGCCUAGGCCUAACCGUUCUAGGAACACUCGUGCUGCUCAACGUGGACCUGUGCUUACCCAACCAACUCAUGCUGCUCAGUUUCCCCCUCGCUCUACCAAUACCGGCGCUCGUCCUGGUUCUGGGGGUGCUCGUACUGAUACCAAUGAUAGUGCUGCGGCCGGUGGGAGGGUAAAUAGGCUUCAUAGGGUCGCUGGGUUUGAGAGGUUACGUCAGUGA